GCGAUCCACGGAAUCGAGCGGCGGCGCUGAGCGGCGACAGGCGGCGCGCGGGCGGCCCCGCCCCGCCCCUCACAUGACCGCUGGCGAGGUUUUUGUCGCGCCCGCUCGCCCCGGCCGCUCGCCGUGCCCCGGUGUCCCCGCCGCCGCCGGCAGCAGCAGCAGCGCCGCCGCCAUGGGCCCGCGCCGCCCCGCCGCCUCCUGCCGCCGCCUGCUCCUGCCGCUGCUGCUGCUCGGCGUCUCCGGUUUUUUCCAGUCCUAUGCAGUUGAAGUAGAUAUAAAGGAUGCUUCUAAUGCUACGUGCCUGUAUGCAAAUUGGAUGAUGAGGUUCUUGAUAACAUAUGAAUCAAACAAUGGUGAUUAUAAAAACACAACUCUGAAUUUGUCAUCGAAUGUGACACACAAUGGAAGCACCUGUGGCAAUGACACACAAGCUGCCCUUGUGGCAGUGCAGUUUGGAGACGGUCAUUCUUGGAGCAUUAAUGUCACAAAAAACAAUGAAACUUACCAGGGGGAGUUCAUCACACUGACCUACAACACCAAUGACACGACUGUAUUUCCUGAUGCUAAAAGAAAAGGACCAGUUACUGUUCUUAUGAAGGAUCCUUCGCCUCCAGUUCAACUGAAUACUGUCUACGUGUGUCAUAAUUCCUACUUAAUUGAAGCAGAAAACACAACGCAGAUUUUCUGGAAUGUUACUAUGCAGGCUUUUGUUCAGAAUGGCACAGUCAGUAAAAAAGAGUCUAGGUGUUCUGCUGAUACACCUACUUCUGCACCUAGUGUUCCACCUACUAUUGCAAAUGUAACUACUGCAUCCAUCACUACUGUGUCUCCUACUCCAACUACUCCCAAACCUGUGGAGAAUCCGGACACAGGAAACUACUCUCUUAAAAGUGGAAAUAAGACUUGUUUCCUGGCGACUGUGGGGCUGCAAUUGAAUGUUUCUCAAGACAAGCCUCUUCUGAUCAACAUCAAUCCAAAGACAACUAUCGCAGAUGGUGCCUGUGGUAACACAACAGCCACUCUGAAAUUGAAUGAUGGAAAUAGCACACUGAUUGGUUUCACAUUUGCUGUUAAAAAUACAAGUACAACUGUACAAAAAUUUUAUCUGAGAGAGGUGAAUGUUACGCUGCUCAACCGUCUGAAUGGUUCUGUCAUUUCAAGUGCAGAUAACAGCAAUUUCAGCAAGUGGGAUGCUUUCCUUGGUAGCUCUUACAUGUGCCGAAAAGAGCAAACUCUUCAGAUCAAUGAGGAUGUUCAAGUACAUACUUUUAAUCUAUGGAUUCAGCCAUUCCUUGUGGAGGCAAAUAAGUUUGCUACAGCUGAAGAAUGCAUUGCUGAUUCUGACCUGAACUUUCUUAUUCCCAUCGCAGUGGGUGUGGCGCUUGGAUUCCUUAUCAUUCUUGUCUUUAUAUCUUAUAUCAUUGGAAGAAGAAAAAGUCGUACUGGCUAUCAGUCUGUAUAAUCUCUUCAUUCCAUCUCUGUUGCCCACCUUCCCUGUUCUUUUCCCUUUGCCAGACCUCCUGACCUGCUCCUUAAAAGAAAAAAGAGAAACAAAUUAAUUCAAGGUUUCUUUAUUUUAAAAAAUUAAAAUCACAUCAUGACAGAAUACCAAUCACUUCAUGACAGACUAACAUACCAUGAGUCUGAAGAUGAGUUGCAGAAGCUACUGUAUGACUUUGGAGAAAGUAAGUGUUCUGAGGACCAGAGAAUUGAGCAGAGUUUGUGUGUCCUUGUGGGAAAUGUGAUUAUUUUUAGUAAAGAAGACAUCUACAAAACUUUCUGUUGUUUAAUCUUUUUAUACAAGAAAAUGUAUAGAUGCCUGCGGCUUAUCUUGGUUAAUGCUACAGCUAAAACUAUAAAGUGUGAAUGCUGUGUCAAAAGGGACUGCACUUGCAGUGGGAAAAUAAAUACCCAGCUUGCAGCAGAUUCCUGUUGGGAACUUGGCAUAUGGCUGUUGUUCUGAAUCAGCCUGAGUUUUCUAUUCUUUCAAAAUGUAAAAGUAGUACCUGAUCUCACUAAUACCCAGAUAUAAUAUAAGAAGAAUAUCUGAUUCUUAUAUAAAUUAAUUUGUUUAAUAUCAUAUGGAGAAGCUGACUACUAAUGUUAGUUGGAUAGCUUUGCACUACCAUGGUGUCUUAAUUUGCCAAGAUAAGGUUCAGGUAUGGAGAACUUUGGCUGCUCAGAAAAGGCAACAGUCUGCUGAAGGAAAUGUCUCCCAUGCUAUUUUAUGGGAUUGCAUUUUUCCUUUUCUUCUGAGCUCAAUUGUGAAAUGAGGGUGGGAGGUUGGAAUUUCACUAGCUGCUGUUUCUCUCAGCUUUGAUUCUGAACAUAAAAGAAACUACACAGCAUUGGUCCACGUGAGGCUCAAAAGUAUUUUGAGAGCACUCAGACUGACUAAGAACACAGAUGGCUUAGAGAUUCCUGCAGUACCUUUGGACAGCUUUCAUAGGUUAACAGGAUCAAUGAAAAGCUGUGAUCUCUGAAUGCAAGUGGAGAUAUAAAACCUUUCGGGUUUCAUAGAAUUAAUCUGCUUUUAACCUCUUCAUUAUUGCUGUCUCAGUGUAAGAGCACAAAAUCUCUAGCAUGAGGAAUGAUGAUCAUAAAGCAGAAGUGAAUAUAUGUAUAGUGAAGAAAGGGACUUCCAAAGGAAUAAGAGCAUCUUACCUGUUUGAAGAUGCUUUUUUUUUGUUAUUAGUGCCAUGCAUUUGCAAUUCUAUGUUCCAUACCUAAACUGUACCAAAAUAUAAUUUAGUAGUUUGUGGUUGUGUUCUGCUUCAUUCCCGUCAGGUUCAUAUUGAUGGAAUGAAAGAAGCCUCUUGCUCUUUAAAGCUUUUUGGUCCAUUUUGGCAAAAGCCUAUUUCAGCCAAUAAAUCCAGAGGGCACACAAAGUUCUGUCCUCUGCAGCAGGUGUUUACCAAACUGCUUCAAUAUUUAAUCUCUUUGUGCAUUGACCUUGUAUCUGUGUUGUGGAGAAAGCACCUUCAGUAAUUCACAUUCACAAAGGUGGCAGUCAACACUGAUGUUUAAGCAACUCACAAUAGCUGUAUGUUCAGGAAAGGGGGUUUUCCAAAGAGUUAGUUUUGAUGUUUGAGAAAUACCUGUACAUUCAAUUAUUCUUGUCCUCACAGAGACCAAAGAUACACUCUACCUGAUUCUGACAAAAAUGAUUCCAUAGUACAAACGGUUUCUUGGAUCAAGCUGUUUUUUUGUUUUUUUUUUUAGGAAUGUAAUUAAAUUCUGCUGAGUUGGAUUGUGUGCUUUAGGUUUGAUUGUCUUGGUCUCUUGUAUUGUACCUCUGCAAUACUUGAUUUCCCUGCCAGUGCUAAAUGGAAUUAUUUCAAGUGGCAUUUUAUGAGUACACCCACUUGUCAGUGUGGUGCUUCUCUGCUGCCAGCAGAUGGAUCACAGCUAUGUUCUCAUGCUGAGAUUGCAGACUGAAGUAUUUAAUAUCACUUUUGCUAGGCUAUCUCAGUGAAAUGUGGUCAUUUCCUAGAUGCAGACACAUACACAUAUAUAUAUUUUGUAUAUACAUAGGAAGUAUUAUUUUGAGCUUCAAGAGAAGUCAAAAAUUGAUCCAGCACUUUAAGGUUGUUGCAGCAUGAAGAGUGGUGUGUGCAAUUUUUCACAUCUUAAAAUGACUGUACAAAUAUGCUGACAGCAGAAUAUGUGCAUGGAAAAUAAAGUUAAUUAUUGAGUUAUAAAGCUUUGUUUUAGUGUAAGUAAACAUAAAUGCCAUUUCUGAGAGCUUUUCCAGAGGGAUUGUCAAUGUGCUUGGAUCUGGAUGUUUGUGGGGAGAAGCUUUUGCUUCUAAGAUACAUCCAAAUCAGUUGAUUUUUGUGUUGAUUUAGUCAAAACAUGGGUCCAGCAUCUGCUAAAGGACCUCCUCUUCCAACAGACAGGUAGGAAAUAGAUAUUAAAUAAAGUUUUAUCUUGUUGCUAGUAUGAAGUCUGUUAAUUUGAUAGCAUGAAACACAAUGAGUUUGGUUUUCUUUCAAGACCCCGCAAAUACAAAUGCAUUAAAAGAGCUAUAGCAAUUGGCAGGUAGAGAAAUGCUUGUGGGUUUAAUUUAUUUCUGAUGUCAAAAGAAGAGCAAAUCCCCCAGCAGUAUUCUCAUUUGGCAGAAGACAGUUUCCAUUGCUCAGAAGAUGCCCUUGCAUAAUUUGUGCAGGCAGAAUGAGUAUGUUGCCCUGGUUCUGUCAAUGCCAUCUGGGUAAUGACAACUUAACAGAAUUAGUUCCUAAACUACCUCUGGUUCAGGAAUUUAACAAUUCUUAAUAAAUAGUUUUUGCCAGAUGGUUGGUUGUGAUACUUGGUGAAGAGUUACUGUACUGGGCUCCUGAACUCUUUGGCCUGGGGAAGUUUAUCAAGUGCUCAGAAUUCCAGGAUGUUGCAACAUGCUGCUUGGAAAUUCAGUCCCUAAAAGGCAGCACAAACAGCAUCUCUUAGCACCAGUGUUUCAAGAAUGCCACCAUACAGUUAAUUUUACUGUAGUCACUUUAUUUUAAAUACAAAAAAUCACUUCUUAGAGAAUUAUAUAGAUCAGGAAAUGACGGCAGAUAAAAGUUCCUUGGCUAUGGAUGUAGGACAAACAUACCAUAAUGCUCCUGUUCAGUCAGUAAUUUUAGUAAGUGUGCUUUCCAAGUAGUACAUUGUCCCAAGGUGUCCUGUGCUGUCCUUCUGUGCUCUCACAGCUCCCAACAAGCAGAGGGCAGCUGGUCUCUGUCACGUCCGAGGCUCGGGCUGCUCGGGGCAGCACACUCUGUUUCUCAUCAGCCUUUGGGGUGAUAAACUGAUGCCUUCACUCACCCCAACACUGACCCCUUAAACGUGAAAGGACUGAGAAUUUAUCUGCAUUUUGCUGCAGCAUUAUAACUGUGACCUCUCUGGAGUGGGGAAGAGCAGGUCUGAAAGCUCUGGGCACUUCUGUGGCUGAUCAGGAGGCACCGUGACAGGAGAGAAGAGCUCCUCUCACUCAUCCCUGUCCAAGAGACUGGGUGAGGAUUCCUGGUGCAGAGAGAAGUACUGGAGUGAGAAAUGCAUUAAUCUUUCCACUUUAGAAAGGAACAGCUGGAAGGGUUCAAGGGCAAAUGAUUUUCUGUGGCCCUUGCUCAACACCUUGGGUGUGCUGAAUAAGCUCUGUAAAAUGUUGCAGUCAAGAUGUUUCUGGGGCUGGAGAUCCUAGAAAGCAUUUUGAGAGCUGCCAUUUUCACUUUUCAACUCUGUUGUUUGCAGGCAUAAUCCAGAAUUUUUGCUGUUUAUUGUUUUAACAAGAAUAGUGCUAACAAUCUACUUCCUUUUUAGCUUUUGCCUGAGAAAUGCACAUAAAACUAUGCUAAAAAAUAGAAUUUGAAACCAGGAAGGAUGCAUUCCACAAGGAUCACUUGUAAAAGACCUUAUGAAAAUAGUAUUUGGAUACCAGAACUUUUUUUUCAAUCAAAAGUAAAUCUUUUGCAGGUUCUCUUCUUUAAAUUUUACUAAUGAUUUACAUCAGAAGAUGAAAAAUGUGGAUCCACAUUCCAUUGUAUGUCAUUGGUUUCCUAACUAUGAACAAAAAUAAAUUAACAGUAAUUUCCAUGUGCCUGUUUUUCCUAGCAGA